GGAAAGUGAAACCGGUUAUAUCGGUUUAUUGAGAGUUUAUCGAAAACAAGUACUGGUAUCCAAUUGAGACCAGAAGCAUUGAGAUAAAGAAAGAACGAAGAAAAAUGAUGGCAACAACAGCAGCUGCAGCAAAUCUUCCUUGUUUACCUCAAACUUGGAAGGCCAAUAAUCCCAAAGGCCGUCACAAAGUAAUUACAUGGGAAAGGAGAACCAAAUCUCCAUCACUUACUGCAUGCUAUUGCUCUCUUUCUGAGACUUCCCCUCUUUUCCGAGCAGCCAAGCACACUAUUGAUACAUAUAUCAAAAGUGGGAUGGUUAUUGGACUCGGGUCUGGUCAAGCUUCAGCCAUGGCCAUUAAGUAUUUGGGUCACCAAAUUCGUGCAGGUGCUUUCAAACACAUACUGGGUAUACCUACGUCUGUAGUAAGUGCGAGUGAAGCAGCAAAGGCUGGAAUUCCAUUAGGAGAGCUUGGAAACAGUUCUCAAAUUGAUUUUGCAUUUGAUGAUGUUGACAUAAUAGAGGAAAGGACAUUAAUUUCUGUCGUCGGAUGCCAGAGACUGCAAGGUGAGGAGUCCAUAAUCCAAGAGAAGCUGGUGCUAAGCAUGGCUGAUCAGAUUGUGUUCAUGGUUACAGAAAAUCAGUAUAAACGUGGUCUAGAGGGUUCUAUUCCAGUUGUAAUUGAAUCACUCAAUUGGCUGGAAACUGCUGAAGAGAUUGACGACCUAUUUUUAGGUGAUGCAGAGGUAUGGAGGAGACCAUCUAUAGGUCAUGUAGAUCCACUUGGGGGUGACUUUCCAUUAGUCACUAGCGAAGGUCAUAAUAUUCUGGAUGUCAUCUUUACAUCUCCAAUAGCCAGUCUUGCUGAAGUUGCUGAAAGCCUUGAAAAAGUUAAUGGUGUUGUAGAACAUGGAGUCGUCUCCAAAUUCCCAUGCAAAGCAAUUGUUGCUUCUGAAAGUGGAUUGUCAAUUGUUGACAAUAUUCCAACAAAUGCAGUUGGGGGAGUUUAAUCAAAACCAAUUCAAUUGUUUGCUUGCUGCUUAAGAAUAUAAACUAGCUCUUCUUUGGCGUAACUCUUUCUUACAUGUUGGCUGGCUUCUGUCUGAUUGUAUUAAUUAUUUUUUUUUUGGAAGUGAUAGUAUUAAUUAUUUAAUAAUAUAAAUGUAGGGACCUUUCUUAAGAUACUAAAUAUUGGAUAUGGUAUAAAGUUGUUAUUUUUUAAUGAGAGAAUCAAUAUCUCUAGUUGUUGAUGAAA